AUGGUUCACGUUCUGUUAGCCAAUGUUCAGCCAUCGAGUGAAGGUUUAGUUGGUUCCAUCAUCACUUUGGUUGCGGCAUCAUUUUCUUCCGUACCUCGUCAGGCCACUUGGUACAACUUUUUCAUCAGCUGGAUAGUGUAUUGCGCAUCCUACCUACUUCUUUUUUUUGCUGGGCAUGCAUAUGAUGAGGAUCCUGGGAUUUCUCUGUGCAUCGCACAGUCAACAUUGACUCGCUCCGCUCCUUCUUUUGUAGCCGCUUGUUCCCUAGCAUUGGUCAUUCAAUUCAUUGAUGCAAAUAAUUCAGAAGAAGGCCUGGUUCAACUGGAUAUCAUCUUAGCAAUAUUACCUGUUGUUGCAAUCAUCAUUUUUGGAACUCACAAAGAUCUUCUCAACGUAUACCUUUUCUGGAGAAAGGAUGGACCACAAUUUUCAAGCGCAAAGACGGAAAAACCCUUGCCACCAAUACCAAGCCAAGGGGGUGCCGCAGGAGCAGUGUAG